AGAAACCUCAGAGGCUUGGACAGGGUCAGCAUCCUGAAUCCAGCUGCUUUUGGCAGUUUCCUUUCUGGUCAGGCCUAACCUCUGCGCAGCUCUGAGUGCACCGCUGACCACCACUGCUGCAGCGUAGAGCUCAGGAUGGAGUCCCGAUUGCCCGGGGCUGCAGCUACCGCCUUCCACCAACACUGGCUAGCCCAGCUGCUGCUGUGGGUCUCAACCCUGAGCUGUUCUUUCUCCUUGCCAGCUUCUCUCACUCCUUCUCUGGUACCCCGAGUCAGAAGCAGCUACACUCUGGAAAAGACAUUCCUCGGUCUUGAUAAAUGCAAUGCCUGCAUCGGGACAUCCAUUUGUAAGAAGUUCUUUAAAGAAGAAAUAAGGUUUGACAACUCACUGGCUUCCCACCUGGGACUGCCUCCUCAGGACUUGCAUUCUUAUGCUGCAAAUUACUCAGAUGACUCUAAAACCUGGCGCCCUGUGGAGAUUUCUCGACUGGUCAACAAGUACCAAAGUGAGAUCUCUGACAGGAGGAUCUGUGCCUCUGCAUCAGCACCAAAGACCUGCAGCAUUGAGCGCAUCCUUCGGAAAACAGGGAGGUUCCAGAAAUGGCUGCAGGCCAAGCGCCUGACACCUGACCUGGUGCAGGGCCUGCCCAGUCCCUUCCUGCGCUGCCCUUCACAAAGACUCUUGGACCGUGUGGUUCGACGCUAUGCUGAAGUAGUCGAUGCUGGCAGCAUCUUCAUGGACCAUUUCACUGACCGUGACAAGCUGCGUCUCCUCUAUACCCUGGCUGUCAAUGCACACCCCAUCAUACUGCAGAUCUUCCCUGGAGCAGAGGGCUGGCCAAUGCCCAAGUACCUGGGCUCCUGUGGUAGAUUCCUGGUCAGUACCAGCACCAGACCACUGCAAGAAUUUUAUGAUGCCUCUCCAGAGCGAGCUGCUGACAUUGCUUACCAACUCCUCAGGGUCCUGGAAUCCCUGAGGAGCAAUGAUUUGAACUAUUUCUUCUACUUCACCCAUGUUGAUGCAGGCAUGUUUGGCAUCUUUGACAAUGGGCAUCUGUUCAUCCGGGAUGCCAGUGCACUAGGCAUCAUCGACAAGCAGGAAGGCAGCCAAGCAGCUGCCAGGACUGGAGAGAACGAAGACAUUUUUAGCUGCCUGGUUUCUGGCUGCCAGAUCCAGCUGUCCUCCUGUGACACUGUCCCUGAGAAGCAAAGCCUUGUGCUGGUGUGUCAGCAGCUGCUGCCUCAACUUCUCCAGGAAAAGUUCCCCUCCCCUGUGCAAAAGGAGAUAGACUCUGCUCUCAACCUGUGUAGCAAGGAUACCAGCACAGACCUAGAAGUUCUUGGGGCCACCAGUCGGCUGAAGGACAUCUUGAGAUCUUUGAGAACCUGUGAUCCUAGAUUUGCCUACCGCUACCCAGACUGCAAGUAUAAUGAUAGAUUCUGAGUGGCUGAAGGGACGAUCUGCAAACUCUUCCAUGUCCCCAAUUGAGUUACUGCCAAAUUGUAAGAAGCAAUUCCAUUUUGAAUAUUUAAGUACAUUGAUUUCCUAAGAAACACACAAAACUUGUGGGAGAAACUCUGACACUGCAUGAUUGACCUCACUGGCUAGGACACCAUGGCAUAGCCAGGAGGUGGGCACAGGAAGACCAGGUGUAAACACUCAAUAUAUUUGAACCUCCAUUUUCUGUAUAUUUUACCAGACUUUUGCAAGUUUAAAGAAAACAGAAAUGUAAAGGGCCCAGAGAUACAACUGUGACCCACAAAGCAUGUUCCAGAAUCACACACAGAUAGGGAAAGUGAGAAAGUCCCAUGUGUUAGGAGGCUGGUGUAGGUAGAAGGCAAGGUGAAGGCAGGGCUUUGGGCCAUUGGAACUUAAGCCCUCCAUUCCUACUCUCCUGCAUCUGUGAGGAGAAAAGACUAUAUGCCAAAAGGAUGUCCUCACCUGUCACCAGCUCCUGAACUCUCUAGGCACCUGGGACUCCUUAUACAUGCACAAAAGUCACCUCAGAUGGAAAAGAGCCAAGGGUAAGAAGAGAAGGAAGACAACUGGGGGUAAUGUGCUUGCUUUGGUUCUCUAAAAGCGAGGGUCAAAAACAAAUUACCUGACUUUUCUUAGAAGAUAUGCAUACAAAGAAGGCAGAAGGAGGGAAAUAGGCAAAGGCUGAAAGGUGAACUCAUGCUACAGUUUGACCAUCAGCAAAAGGUAGGCAGUGCAGGAAAGACUGUCUGGGCUCCUACAAGACCAAGACUGAGCCAUACACCAAAGAAGCCCCAUAUCUCCCAUGAGUAGAUCCAUUUUAUUAUCCAGCUGUGUUCAGGGCUAGCCAGAAUAGGCUGUGGCAAGUGUAACUUAGUUGCAAAAACAGAUUUCAGAACACAGCAGCCUGUGGGUAUUAAACAGAUUCCAUUACCAUUGUAGCUGCAGCCUGGGACCAAGGCCUGGUCUCUCUGCACCACUCUAGGAGUCCUAGAAUUCUCAUCCAAAUGUGGCCUUACAAGUCGUUAUAAAAACAUUUGUUUUUAACCAAUGGAAUACGUUUUACUUAACAACUACUUUGCCAUACCUUUAAAGUAUUUAACUACAUGGCUUAUGGGCCUCUGUGCAUGUUAUCUGCUCUCCAUAACAAUCAUAAAGGUCUCUUAGACCUUUAUCUAGCCUCCCUACACAGCGUCUACUUGUGGGAUUAUUUGGUCUACCUCCUUCCUUCUACCUCUAAAUCAGCACCUUGGCAGUCAGAAUACUUGACUUAACAAGCCUCACUGCAUACAGAGGACAAAGGUCCAUGGAAGCUAUGAUUUGCUGAGGUACUGCUUAAACCCUCCCUACCAGUCCAUUCCCCAGUUCCCUUCCUUAUCAGUCUCAGACUCUCAUCAUGGACUAUUCAAUUCUAUGUUCAUUCAUAUUUAAAGCGGAAUCCCAAAGGUCCUAUCUUGAGGUAUACCAGGUGGCCUUUUGAUAUUGCCUUUUGACAACUGCUCCAGACACUGUCCCAUGGCAACCACAGCAGCGAAGAUAAUAGACCAAGCUGGUGCCAUGCCUGUGAAGCUUUAAAACUGGUGUCCUCUGGAUAUCUGUGAAGAAUGAAGUCUGACUACAUCUCCUACCUGAGUUAUCAUGAUUUUCUCUCCCUACUGACUUGCUUAAAGUAUGUGAUCCUAGGCAGCCUCCUGACUAGAGAACCCAGGGAAAGGGCUACAGCCUCAGACUCUACAAAGAUGCACAGGGCCCCUAGGAUCAGCCCCCCCUCGUGUCAAGAUCAGCCUAUCUCAAUAGAACCAUUGCUUUUCCACUGAAGACUGUGAGCAACUUUGAUUUAGGCUCCAUUGGGUUGAUAAAUGGGACUUGCAAUAACCCUCCUCUUACUUUUCUACCACAUAUGUGUGGGGAAGACAAGAAGGAGGGAAUGGGUCCUCUAUACCAGUGGUCCAAGACUCUGAAAAAUUACCCUUCAAAAUCAUGGAGCAGCUAAAUCUAGGAAGGAAACACAGCCCUAGAUACCUACUGAGUUAAAACAAAGAAAUCUUAUGUUCUCUUUGAUGGAGUCCCAGAAUCAAGCAAAGAACAAAACUACCUGAAUACCCCCAGGAGAUGAGUGGAAGUGUACUACGGGUUUGUACAGCUGUGUGUAUAUCUGCAGUUCAAGCCAAGGGAAGACAGAUAACCUUUUAGGCAGGGCCUAACACUUUGGGGUUAGCCUAGAAAUGGCUCCCCAUCUAGUGGCUUUUUGCAAGAUCAGAAGGUUAAGAAGCCCUUUUCCUCAUACAUUUUGAAGGCAAAGCAGAUCUUUUCUUGCCGUCAUGACCAAAGAUCACAGACCCCCUCCUAGGUGCUAUCUCCAAGCCAUAUCCUCCCUGCUUCCUGCCAUCUGUUUAUUCUCUGCCCAUCCCUACAUGUGAUAGACAUAGAACAGAUCUGCCAGGCCUCCCUCUACAAGGGACACCUCUUUCUCCAGUGCAGGAGUAUAGGUAGAAGGCAGCACUGACUGUCAGACCUUUGGGCUCUGCCUUGGUCACUCUGUGGCUUCACUUGAAGCCACACCUGUCCUAAGGCAUAUUGAUACCUAGUCACUGGGCUUGCGAUGAAAUGUGUUGCCUCAACCAUUUUGGCCUACUUAGUGACAACCCGGAUAGGUAAUUUUAUUCUAAAACUCUACCUGCAUCAGACCAAGUGUCUGCUGGGCCUGCAUCAUAGUCUAACUGACCCUGCCCCUCCUUUUUCUAUGAAUUCUUUUCACUGUUGUGGACUAAAUGAGCACCAAUGAGUGGCCAAAAUGGUGGCUUUAUAAAAACAUGUUCACAUCUUAAUCCGCAGAAGCUGUGACAAUUGCCUAUAUGGGAAAAGAUGUGGUUAAAGAUCAAGGGACUUUCCAGGAUUGUCUAGGUAGGUCUUAAAUGAAAGCCCAUGUGUCCUCAUAAGAUGGAGGCAGAGGAACGUUUGAGAGAGAAGAACCAGUGAUGUUAAGACAGAGGUCAGUCAAGACUGGCACAAUGCGACUGAACUCCAACAGUCACCAGGAAGUGGAAAGGGAAAAAUCCUUCUGCCAGAUCCUCCAGAGGAACUCUGGCUCUCAUUAUACCCUAAUUUCAACCCAGUGAGCCCCAAGAAUUGUGAGAGAAUAUAGUUCUAUUGGGCCGCACCACCUUCUGCAUAGUAAUUUGUUUUAACACUUGCAGAAAUACAAUAUACACUCUAAAGUCUACUGAAUACCAGUGUCCAGAUAGCUCCAUCUGCAACAUUCACCUACAGUCUUCUAUGAGCAAAUGGAAGUAAUACUCAAUCUAAAGAUGUACUGCACUGGUAAAGCACUUACCUAGCAAGCUGGGACCUUAGUUUUAGCCCCCAAUACAGCAAAAGCAUGGCCUGGCAUGGGGAAGUAUAGGAUGGAUCCUCAUCCAGAGCUGAUGGCUUCCUUUCUCCAAAAUUCUAGACAAUACUGGAGACCUUGCUCAGUCUUAUGAUUAUUCAGAGGCUUUUUUGAUAGUUCAGCUACCAGAGAUCACUUUCUGAACCUUGUCCCUGAUGUUCUGGUCCACAUGUUUGUGCCUCAUUUGAGUUUGGUUUCAGGAAGAUCUGUGUCCUGCUUGCCAUCCAGCUCAUAGUUUCCUGAGUCUGGGGGUGGAGGAAUGAUAUGAAGAACUUUGUGUUUCCAAUAACAAGGGAGGGCUAGACACAAAGCAAAGGCUAGGAAAUGCUCCUACUGAGAACAAUGACUGCUUUCUUCAGUCCCUUCCCUACAUUUCCCACGUGCUAUCCUGGCUACCAAUUAGAGAGCACCACUUCUCAAUAGCCAAGAGACAAGUAAGUCAACAUGCAAGAGACUUCAACCAGAGUAGAAUUGUAAUCGGGUAUAUUCUACUGCCUGGAAUUUGAAUGGAGGCAUUAUUUUGUCAGUUUAUAUCAGUCAUGCCUUUUUGCCUGUAGGCUGGGCUAUAUGGUUUGUAGGAACCAAAGAAAAAUGGAAAUGUGAGAUGGAUCUAUUCAGAAACAGAUCAUAGUUGUAAGAUGAGAAAGGAAAGCUAACCUGUGGCCCUCUGCUGUGUAGGUUACAGGUUCAUCGAGCAGGCAAGGACUGCAGGUACACUCUUAUACUUAGCAUUGAGUGUUGUUACCAUUUAUUGGGGGUUCCUUUGCCCUCCACACCCAAAGAGAGCAAGUGUAGGACAGAGGUAAAAUAUAAUAUAUGCUUAAAGCCUAUAAGAUCAGACUCAGGAGAGUGUAACAACACCUCAGCCCAUGAAUCUGACUGUACAGGAGUAUGCUGGUUUCCGAGGUUUGGUAAAUACGGUAAUUGUUGACUAUCCUGCCUGUGGUCUUACAACAUAAACCUGAACAUUUUCUCUGGUUUUAAAAUAAAUGCUAUGUUGUUUACCUUU